CCAAUUCAAAGAUGGCGGAAGCACCUUUACGGACCUGCCAGUAUUUCUGUCACCAGUGUUCUGAAGAGAUUAGUCCUCGGCUUCCGGAUUACGCCUGUCCGCGGUGCGGGUCUGGCUUCAUCGAGGAAUUACCAGAGGAGAGAAGGACAGAGACUGGGUCCACAUCCACAUCGUCCACCGGUGGUCAGAACCGUCAUCCAUUUGAGAAUGUGGACCCGAGACUGUUUACCUUCUCACACCCGUACAACCAACUGGCUCUGGACAUCUUUGAAGAAGCUUUUGAUUUCGGGAUGGGUAUGCCAUCUGAGGAAGGGCGAGACACUGAGAACCAGCGCGAGGGGGAGAUGCCAUUACACCAGCGCUACAGGGCCAGACAACCUCUGGGGCGAUGGGUUCCCCGGAGACAAGGGACACGGCACGAAGGAGUGCCCACUCUAGAGGGAAUAAUUCAGCAGUUAAUAAAUGGAGUCAUUGCGUCAACAGCUCUGCCAAACGUGGGAAUGGUGCCAUGGGAAAUGCUACAUUCAAAUCCAAUGGACUAUGCAUGGAAUGGAGGUGAAUUAGAUGCCAUUAUAACACAGUUAUUAAAUCGGUUGGGAAAUACGGGUCCACCUCCUGCAGACCAAGAAAUGAUCAAAAACCUCCCGACAGUUCAGAUCACAGAGGAGCAUGUGGGAGCUGGUUUAGAAUGUCCCGUGUGUAAAGAAGAGUACACCGAGGGGGAAAGCGUUCGAGAACUUCCAUGCAGUCACCUCUUUCACAAUGACUGUAUCGUGCCCUGGCUCGAACAGCACGACACGUGUCCCGUUUGCAGGAAGAGCUUGAGCGGCCAGAACACAGCCACAGAUUCUCCCAACUUAUCAGGAAUGAACUUGUCACCUUCAUCAUCAUCAUCAUCCUCGUCCUCCUCUUCCUGAAGUUCCUCCAAUCACAAAAACGCUGCCGACAACUCCUAAAAUACCCACAAACAUACCAGCGCUGGAAACCGGCACCCACUACCUGCCAAAUGCGGGUGGUUUUGCUCAGCUUACCAGCUACAGUGAUACCCUUUGCACGGUGGUGUAUUCUGACGAGUGCUUGUCGAUACGCCAGCGUAAGCAGUCCUGUGAUUUGAUGGGAGCGUCGAAGUACCGCUGGUUCCACAACGCGUGCUGAGAGUGCAUUGGGCCCGAGUGUGUGGACUACGACAGCACAGUGGUGAAAUGCAUGAACUGGUCUCUUCUGAGAGCACUGACUCUCUCUCUCACACCUCUCUCUCUCUCUCUCUCUCUCUCUCUCCCUCUCUGCACAUGCACGAGUGAGUGGAGCGAUUUUGAAACUUUUUGUCCGUAUAUUUUCUUUUGAUGAAGUGGCUUGAGUUUUGGUGAGAGAGGUGUGUUUGCGUGCUUUUUUUUUUUUCUCCUCCCCCAUUUUUGUUUGGCAUGCGGAGUGUUGCGACCGGCACGUUGUGCUGGAAGCAUGGCGACUCCAAUUGCCAGUAUGUUUGAAAAAUGAACUCACCGAAAUGGCGUGAAGGUUGUGUGUAAGGUGAGCGUGCAAGAUUGCUGCUUGGCUGGAGGAAAUAUAAUGGGGCAUAAUAGCAUCAUGUCAGCCUCACGAAUGAACACCGCCAUUGUAAUCUUCCUCAAUUCAGGAGAUAAAGUAAAUAAAAUUGUGAGAAGUGGAGCAGUGAUUCAGGACUUCUUUACAACAGCGCUUCCUCUCCGUACUCUUGUCAAAAAAGAUAAUACUGUCCAAUGUGUGCUGCCUUUUCUUAAAGAUGAGGCAAUUAUAAAAGAGCUUUCCGACAAUAGUAAACUGAUCCCUCUGAUUUAAAAAAAAAAAAUCCCACAAGGCUGUAAAUCGCUGCUGGUAGAGCAUCGAGUGUCUCUUCGGAGACUAGUUUACAUGAUGCUCAAUAAGGUUGUUGAUGAGCUUGACCUGGUCAUGAAAUGUCAUGUGGACAGUUUUUGAAUUGCUAUUACUGACAUGAGAAUGAACUGUUUUAGCUGUGGUGAAACAGGACAUUUAAUCCGUGCAUGUCCAGAAAGGUUAAACCUCGAAGGGGUUACAGGCAGGAAUGCUGAGCGGACUGAGCCUGUUGGGCUCGAUGUACCCGAGUCCACUGUGGCUGACCCUGCCACAGCUACUCCCUCCAUGGCAGAGCCAGUUUAGAGGGGCCCCGAUGCUGCUGUGAGUGACGCAGCCUGCAUGGGGACGAUGCAAGUGAGCCAGAGCUCGCCGUGUCGGAGAUCCACACGGGCGAAACAGCAGCUGAACUCCCCAUGCAGACAGAGGAAAGGCAGGACAGCUGUGGUUGAUAUAAAAGAAAACGGAGAUACAGACAAACACCGGUUUUUCAAAUCUCUAGCAAAAGGAAGAAAAGGGCAACAAAUAAGUUUUUAAAAAAAAAUGAAAUGGAUGCAGAAAGAGAGAGUGACGCUAAAGGCCUCUGCAUGCUCGUGCGACAAGGCUUUCGCAGAUAGCUUUUCGCAGACAGUUGUAAUUUAUCGUUGAGCGGGGAGUAAUAGACGUGCGCGAUGUUAUUCACCGCCACAACGCAAGGUGGCGUGAAGUCGCUAGGAGUAGUUGGUGGGUGUGGUUAGUGGAGUGUUUAUCCUCCGGUUACUUAUAAUGACUGACUAGAACUUUUUUUUUUUUUUAUUAUAAUGACUAGAACUGGAGUCCUAUAGAUGUACGUACUUCCUCGAUCAACCGCUCUUCGUGCUGCUCCAUCUUCGCUCGUGUUUUUUAAAAUGCCGGUCGUGAAAACAAACCAAACCGGGAAAGUAGGGAAGCGGAAGUGCGUGUACAGCGGAUGUAGAGUGGACCAAUCGGAGCCCUCUUGUCUGCGAGGCUUCUGCGGUGGUCACAAUUUUUGGGAGGUGCGCGCAGAGCGUCUGUGAAGGUGGGGGGGCUACGCAGACACUGUCUGCGACGCUAUCUGCGAGGACUGGGUUGUCAGCAUAAAUUGGCCUUUACUCCACUACUCAAGCUGGUCAGUGUUUACAGACAGAUGAAGUGAAUGUGUUUUACCCAGCCACUGAGAUCAAGCAGUUUUUUUUUUUGCUUUUUUUUUUUUUUUAAUUUAUUUGCUAACAAAUACAAAGUAAAAAGGACAGAAUGAAACAAAUCAAUACAUACACAUGACAUACAACAGAAGCACUAACGUAACUAACAACAAUUUCAAAGGCUGGACAAUACUACUAAUAUGUUAACAAAGAGAUGUAACAGAACACAUGGAGACAAAUUCGACAAAGAUAAACAAGAGCUAUAUUGCUGUAUAGAGGAGGAUGGGUGGUUGAUUAGGGGUAAUGAAUGUGCAUAUGAGAUAGAGGAGGGUAGGUGGGGGGGAUUU